UUCCGGUUUUAGACUAUGAUGCUCAAGCAAGUGUUAAUUAAAACGUGCGGACAGAAGCCCUUUGGGUCCCGUAUUGUAGGCGGCGCAGAAGCAGCCCCUAAUUCAUGGCCCUGGCAAGUGUCCCUUCGUUACAAUGGACGUCAUAUUUGUGGCGCCUCCCUUGUCAACAGUAACUGGGUUGUAUCGGCAGCACAUUGCGUUGAUGGAAGCAGUGAUCCUAAUCGAUAUUCAGUGGCUCUUGGUGCUCACAGUAGAACCAGUGACGGGCAAGUCUUUAGUGUUUCCCGCGUCAUCAAGCAUCCUUCAUUCAGCAUUCAGCAUCUGCGACAUGACGUGGCAGUGUUGAAAUUGGCGCGUCCAGCAACUCUUGGCGGGAAAAUCAACACGAUCUGUCUGCCAUCACAUGGGUCACGUGUCAGCCAAGGAACCAAGUGUUAUGUGACAGGAUGGGGAAGAAUAAACCCAAAUACCAACUCACUCGCUCCUCGCCUAAAACAGGCCUCGGCGCCAGUGGCGAGUCACAGCGAGUGUCGCGGAACAAACGGAGGAACAGUGGAUGAGAGUUCCAUGGUCUGCGUGGGAGGCAAAGGAAGCAGUGUCUGUAAUGGCGACAGCGGUGGCCCCUUGUCGUGUAUGGAGGAAAGUCGGUGGGUCCUCCGUGGGGCGGCCUCAUGGGUGACCAGCCGAACGUGCCCAGGUCACACAUUUUCUGUGUACGCCCGUGUUAGUUCCUAUAUUAACUGGAUCACAAAUCACAUCGGGCAAGGGAUCCAAACACAGCUGUCUUGGAGGGGUAGCAUAAAGGAACGAGUCCUGCCUGUUUUUGGUCAAAUCGCUAGCAAGAUGAUUUUCGUUUUAACCUUGUUGGUGUGUGUCUCAACACCGUCACUUACAGAAGCAUGUGGAAAGAAACCCUUUGGGUCCCGUAUUGUGGGCGGCGAAGAAGCAACCCCUAAUUCAUGGCCCUGGCAAGUGUCCCUUCGUUAUGAUGGACGGCAUAUUUGUGGCGCCUCCCUUGUUAAUCAAGAUUGGGUUGUAUCUGCAGCACAUUGUGUCUAUCAGAGCAGUGACCCUGGUCGAUAUUCACUGGUCUUAGGUGCUCACAGGAGAACCGGUGACGGACAGGUCUUUGAAGUUUCCCGCGUUAUCAGGCAUCGCUCAUUCAGCAUGCAGUAUCUGCGACAUGACGUGGCAGUGUUGAAAUUGGCGCGUCCAGCAACUCUUGGCGGGAAAAUCAACACGAUCUGUCUACCGUCACAUGGGUCCCGUGUCAGUCCAGGAACGAAUUGUUAUGUGACAGGAUGGGGAAGGAUCGACCCAAACAACAACUACUUACUUGCUCCUCGUCUGAAACAAGCAUCGGCGCCAGUGGCGAGUCACAGCGAGUGUCGCAGAACAAAUGGAGGAUCAGUAGAUGAGAGUUCCAUGGUCUGCGUGGGAGGCAAAGGAAGCAGUGUCUGUAAUGGCGACAGUGGUGGCCCCUUGUCGUGUAUGGAGGGAGGUCGGUGGGUCCUCCGUGGAGCGGCUUCGUGGGUGACUAGCAAAACGUGCCCUGGUGACACAUUUUCUGUGUAUGCUCGUGUUAGCUCUUAUAUUAACUGGAUAGAAGAACAAAUGAAAGGUGGUGGAGGUGGUGGAGGUGAUGGAGGUGGUGGAAACUGUCGAGACAGCUGGUCAGCGGCAAAUUGCAUGCGAAACCGACGAUGGUGCAAUUAUUCCACAGUGUACCAAAACUGUAAGAAGACUUGUCGAAAGUGCUAAUCAUAGAAGCAAGCGACAUCUCGUAAACAGUGUCUUUACAAGAGAAAACGAGAGAAAACUCUUGGGGAGAAAUAAAAGUUGCUGAAAAAC